ACUAAUGUCAAUGCCCAAUACUCUACAAUUGUGUUAAGUGUAUUGUGAAAUGUUAAUCGUGAAAUUUAGUCGCAGUGGCGUUGUGUGUUUUUUACGAUAAUUGUUGUUGGUUUCGAAUAAUAUUUUACAUGUUAUAGAGAUAAACUUUAUGCAAAAAUGUCUGCAACAUCUGCCGCGAAGUCGGAUUCGUUCGAUGAAUUUUACACGGAGGUCAAAGAGAUUGAAAAACGUGACUCUGUGUUGACCCCUAAACAGCAACUUGAUAGAUUGUUACGACCAGGGUCCACGUAUUUUAAUCUUAAUCCGUUCGAGGUACUACAAGUAGAGCCCGAUGCCUCUCUUGAUGAAAUCAAGAAAAAAUACCGAAGGUUAUCCAUACUAGUUCAUCCAGACAAAAAUAUGGAUGAUUCUGAACGAGCUCAACAGGCUUUUGAGAUAGUAAACAGGGCUUGGAAGACACUCGAGAAUGAUGAUACUAGGAAAAAGUGCUUGGAUAUUUGUGAAGAGGCUAAAGAACGGACUGAUCACAUGAUUGAACAAAAACGGAAAAAGAUGAAAAAAGACAAUAAGUUAGCAGAAGGUAUCCCAGAAGAUGAUCCCGUAAAAUAUAAACAUGCAAUUUAUGUUAUGACCAUGAAGUUAUUUGCUGACAUGGAACGAAAGCGCCAACAUCUCGAAGUCCGUGACAUGGAAGAAAGGAAACGGAAACGAGAAGCUGAGAUUGAGCAAGAAGAACAGAAGUCAUUAGAAAAAGAAUGGGCGAAGAAUUUUGAGGAAUCUCGACAAAACCGAGUGGACAGCUGGAAGACAUUCCAAUCUGGCGGCGGUAAGGAGAAAAAGAAGAAAAAAAUCCAAGGGUUUAAACCUCCCAAACCUAAACCAGAGAGUAGAUAACUCUCAUUUAAUAUUAAACACUAAUAUAGUUCCAUUUAGCGCUUUAUUUCGAAUCUAUGACUAUGAUAGUUGACUAGAUUUUAAAGAACUAUUUACAAUAUCAAUAUUCUAAAGCAUUUCGAUGAUUACAAUGAUCAGUCAGCUAGAGUCUUGAGACUUGUCAGCACGUCAGUUUAGUUCAAAUUCGAAUAAUAUUGAGAACUCGGCUGUGACAAAAAUUAAGCAAUGAAAUAGCGUACCUACUAACUAGGAGUCUUAUAUAUAUUUGUCAAUAAAUAUAAUUGUUUCCAGUUUUGGUACUUUAACUCUUAGGAAACGUAGGUGGGCUAGCUAUUGAGAAAUAGAUGAUUAACUUACAAUGUUUGUAAAAAACGGUCUUAUAGAUUUCAAACAGUUCUUGACUAUUCUGAUGUAAAAAUAUAUUAUAUGUAUCUAAAUCAAUUUUGUGAUUAUUUUCGUGUGUAAAAUAGUUCUUACACAUGUUCAGUGUUUAAAACCUUUGAUAAAUCUUCCUCCUGGUAUACGUCCAUUAUGAUAACUAUCUUUUUUUAAUAAAAAAUGAAUAAAGUUAUAGAAAGGUAUUUAACUGAUGAUUUGUGCAAGAUCUGUUCACUUUCAGAGUUCAUUAUUGUUUUUGUAUAGUGUAAGAGAAUGUUGUGACAGUCACAAAUGCUCAAAAUAGAUGGCGUUGAUAAAGUUGGGGGUCAUAUGAAUGUUGAAUUACAGCCAUUUCUAAAUAAAUGCUGUAGACUGGUGUUUAUUUUGUGAAAAUUAAAUGCUAGUGGGUUAUGUUGUGCCUUCCAUCCAUAUUUAUCCAGUGUACAUAUUCUAUGGGUGUCCUCAAAUAACCUCCAAGUAAUCCAGCGUCAUUUAUUAGAGGUAGAAGCAGACAUGUCAUUGCGAAAUUGUUAACUUUGUGUCGCGCUACUAGUGUAGUGCAGCCUAGCCGUAGAUGCGUCGCAGGCAACUAGAUUAAUAAGCCUUUCAAUUAGGAGCCUAGCCUGUUUAAUAAAUUAAUGAUAUCGUAGUUAAAUAGUUGAUAGCUGGUUAUUUCUGAUAGAUUGCGCAGUUCUAACCUAACUUAAGCUACUGUUCUAGUAGCAACUCUGUUUUAAUCACAAUUUUUAAGAGAGUGAGCCAUGCUUCGGCACGAAUGGGCCGGCUCGACCGGAGUGAUACCACGGCCUCACAGAAAACCGACGUGA